AUGGGAUCGAAAAACAAAACCGCGUCUGACAUCCACGAUGACCUCGGGCCUCAGCCGUGCAAGAAGAAGGCCCGAGUCCACAGCCCCAACAAGACCUGGCAGCGUGGUCCUCACAGUCCCAAUCACUCAAAGUCCCUGGCCAACGCCGAUGAGCGCACUCUGCACUGUCAGACGAAGGAGUCCAAGCAGGGCCGCAAGAGAGACGGCUUCAAGCCCAGAGAGGACCGAGACCAGCUGAAGCUCCCCAAGCUGGUUUCAUUCAAGCCCGACAAUGAGAAUCUACCAAGCAUUGCCGACGAAGCCGCCUACGACGCAGAUGACGAAAGCGACAUCAAGUACAUGACAGCUGACAGCUACUAUCAGAUCGAAAGGGCUCAGCGCAUGAAUUGUGACCGCUGCCGCCAGGCAGAGACGGAUCUCAAUCACCAGGCUCCAUCCCGACAGACCCUUGGCUCAAUCAUGGAUUGGGAACCUUUCCUCGACCCCCUGCCGACCAUUCAAGAAGAGUCUUGGAUUUCUGGGUAUUCUGUGGCGGACGACCGGGUCUGGUCUAAUCAUAACAACAUAUUACACGGCUUUCGCUUCAACUAG